AUGUACGCCAGCGGUGCGGCUGAAUCAUGGCAUCCUGAACUUCUGAGGAGACAGACGCACCAAGGACCGAGAAACAACUGCUGAGACGCAAACUGAAGGCGCUCUGCGGGGAUCAUUUCACUACUGACAACAUAUCUGGCUUCAUGCGCAGGGCUGAAAAGCUUGAGGUUAGCUUUGAGUUUUCUCUCGUCCAACUGACUGGAAACGUUGGCACAAGUCAGGCUGCCCUCCGUUUUUUAAGAGCUGGGUAACACCUGUGUCAUUUUGCUUGGCGAAUGACUGUAAAUAUUGCAUCGUAUUAACUUUAUUUCACUUUAUCUAAACCAUUCUGUGAUCGCAGUUCAGAUGAGAUGGUCAGGUAUACGCGCGUCUGCGAGCAAGGACGCACGGACAUCGCGCAAGUGUCGAGAGUAUUUACUCUAUAUAAUCCGAUCUUUUUUUAUUUAAUGUUGCCUCAGUGUAAACGACCCCAAAUCAAAUUGUUAUAAAUUAGUUCGUCAGUUCGUCUCCAAGACAGUAAUUAAUCCACAGAGGAAAAAUUAAGAACCUCAUUCGUGCGCUAAAGAAGUUUUUAGUUCCUCUGGCUGUAUUGUAAGUCUGCCAAGGUUGAUGCACAGCAGUCGGCGUCAUACACACACGCACAAAAAUGAGAAAAUGUUGGUGGGAAAAAAAUCUGUUCUUCAAAGAGGCAAAUGCUGUUUAAUUGAAAAGCACUGAUCCGUGUCUUGACGCAUUGCCCAGGACUGUUUUGCAUGCUUAAAAUGGACUUGGAAGACUUGCCGUGGAGGAUGCAGGGGAGCUAACAUUUGGAGACAACACAGAGACAAAGAGAGAACAACUGAGACUCCAGGAAAGCUAAUCCCAUCAUGGCCUCGGUUCCGGACAGCGGCUGCUCCAUGGAGCUGAGCGGCUGGAACAGCAGUGUGAGCAGCGUCGGAGCCUCCGUGCCCUGCAACCAGAGCGUCCUGAAUCUCGCCCCUUAUUCCCCUGAAGCCACGGCGGCCUUUGCCACGGCCAUAACUUUGAUGGUGGUCUUCACCAUAGUGGGAAACAUCAUGGUCAUCAUCGCUGUCCUGACCAGCCGGUCACUCCGAGGUCCGCAGAAUCUGUUCUUAGUGUCACUAGCUGCUGCAGACAUUUUAGUGGCCACACUCAUCAUCCCCUUUUCUCUUGCCAAUGAAUUACUUGGCUACUGGUACUUUAAGUCUCUGUGGUGUGAGAUUUACCUGGCGCUGGAUGUGCUGUUCUGCACCUCCUCUAUUGUGCACCUGUGCGCCAUUUCACUGGACCGCUACCUGUCAAUCUCCAGGGUUACUUACGGUCGUCAGCGAACUCCCAGACGCAUCAAAGCCGCUAUUGUGGUAGUGUGGCUCAUCUCUGCCAUCAUCUCCUUCCCUCCUCUGCUCUCACUGAACAAAAGCGAGGGAGGGGACGACGGGCCUGAUAGAGGACCUCAGUGUCAGCUGAAUGAUGAGCGCUGGUACAUCCUUUACUCCACCGUCGGCUCCUUCUUCGCCCCAUGCCUCAUUAUGAUCCUGGUCUACGUGAGAAUCUACCAAAUAGCCAAGCAGAGAACACGGUGCCCACCUGGGGAGCCCAGGAAGGAUGGGGUCGGCUGUGCCACACCAAGUCAGCCUCCACGACAUGUACAAGCCAAUGGAAAGGAAGAUGAAGAGAGCACCCCCCCUUCAUCCAACAAAACCUCUAAUGCUAGACCCCCUACCCUUGCCAUCACCCCUUCUCCUUCCCCAGGAGAGUCCCAAACCUCCCAAAACCCCACCUCUAAUAAUCUUCUGCAACCUCCGUCCCCUUCUCCAGCCAUGACCCCUGUCACAGCCUCCCUUGAUACCUCUCCCCAUGGCCCCUCAACCCCCUCCUCUGUGUCUCAGUCUCUCCCUGCCAAGACUAAAGAGACUGGGAAGAAGGGCAAGCGGCAGGGAAGAAAAAAAGCUGACAAUAACAAUGGCGACAGCUCAAGCACAGAUAGCGAUAUGGAGCACAGCCACGGAGGAGGCCGAGGCAGCACCAGCAUGCCAGGGUCACCUGCAGGAGGGGGUAUCCACUCCCCAGCUUCAGUCAAGCGCUACCGGGACAUGAUUGCCACUUCAAAGGGGGCUCGGCUGGUGCCAGGGAGAAAGUCAAAAACAGAGAACAACCCCGGGGCAGCAAGGCGUAAAGCGAUGGUCAACAGAGAGAAACGUUUCACCUUUGUACUGGCUGUGGUCAUCGGUGUUUUCGUGGUCUGCUGGUUCCCAUUUUUCUUCUCCUACUCUCUUCAGGCAGUGUGCCCAGAGACCUGCGCCAUCCCUGACCCCCUCUUUAAGUUUUUCUUCUGGAUCGGUUACUGCAACUCCUCACUUAACCCAGUCAUAUACACCAUCUUCAACAAAGAUUUUAGAAAGGCUUUCAAAAAGAUACUGUGCGGAGGCACUAAGGGUACUUUCUUUUAGCAUACAGAUUCAGUGUAUAGGACAUGGACGCAGAUGUUUGCAAUUUCUGAGGCAUAGGAAGAAAAAAAAACUAUAAUUUACAUUUUUCAGAACACUCAAAGGGCUGUUUUAAAAAAACAUGUUGAACUGUGGAAUUCCAGCAUAAAAUUCAGAACUGAGAGUCACUCUUUUAACAGCCACGGUGUGCGCAAAUUGACAACUUGGACUGUGAAAUUCCAGAUUGCAGCUGAUAUACACAUUAAUCUGUACAGGGUGUGGGGUGAAAACAGGACAUGGAAUAGAGGCAGAGAGAGACUACAGACUAUAAACUGCUUAGCAUCUCAGCAUUGCUGAUAACAUUUUUUAAUGACUUUUAUUUGAAUUUGUCUUCAGAUGACAUUAAAGAAAGCAUAAUGCUGGGGAACAGAGUGUUGCAGCAUCAUAGAAGAAAAGUAUACAUACUAAGACACACUGGACUGAAAGAAUGACUUACAGAGAAGCUGUUGGGAAUUCACUCCUGACUAAGAAUACAGACAAUUUAAUAUAUAAUGUAUAUGGUUUUUGUACUUUUUAAGGACUCCAGGACUAUUGGGGAAAGAAAACAGGUAAACAGAAGGAAAAGUGACCUUAGAUUCCUAUGAGCCUAGGGCCCUUUAUUUAUCAAUACAGAGCACAAGGAGCACACAAGGUUAGUGGUGAUUUCUUACGUCUGCAGUCUUAAUUUGUCCAGCUGCAGGGCAAACAUGUGUUCCUCGAUUUUUAUCUAAAAGCGCAACAACAAGAGAAGGUUUCUGAAGAUCUUGAAUGUGAUAGCACAGACAGGGCACCCUUUCAAACUGAACUUGAGGACUUUCAUGUGGAAAGCCUUCAUGUCAGACACCUUGCUCUUGGCUCGGGAUGCAUCAUAAUGGACACUCAGGUUGUUUGUACUGGCACUGCAGCCUUUUUCGGCUUUCACCUUUCAUGAUAUACAGAAUACCUGAGGUGUGGUGUAUUUUGGACUCAAAGAACUGAGCAGAAAAGACAAACUUAUGUUACUAAAAUGUGACUUAAGGUUGUGUGAUCCUCUCAUCCGCUUAGCUUGAUGUUUUAACUUAACCUGGACUGUCACAUGUGUGGGCUGGACUGAGCAACCCUUCCAUUGAACUGCCUUUUUGGACAUUUGAGUAACAAUCAAAACUGUUCAAGCCUCUCAAAUGUGGUUAAGAGGUUAUUUACAGUAUCUCAUGGGAGGUGCACCUGCUGAAGACUGAAAAAAAAAAUCUUGUUAUUUAAUGUAUGUGCAUUAUUUUCCAGAAACCCUGCUUAAUAUAGGGCAGGGGUAUUAGCAGGCAGACAUUUAUAUUGACUGUAAAGGACAGAUGAACAAUGCAAUUAUGGAUGUGUAAUGUUAUCUCUAAUUACGCCUACAUGGGUUAUUCUGAGAGUCAUUUGGCUGAGUCACUCUUUACCAAUGCCUCUGGCACAUCAUUGCCUGCAGUGGACCUCUACGUGUCACAUUUGGUUUGUUGCUGAGAGGCGAGAGGAUGAAUAGUGCAUUUAUUUUUCUCACCAAGACACUGAGGUUCUUCAGUUUCCUUGACAAAAAAAAAAAAAACAUGUGUCUGUAACUGUGAACAGCACACAGGCUUAUUGACUCAAUGGGACAAGGGCUGUCAGCAGCAACACUUCAAUUUACCAAUUGUCUAAUUCUGCUGACCUGUGUGAGUGUGUGUAUGUAUGUGUGUGUGAGUGUGUGUGUAUGUGUGUGUGUG